AUGUUCAAAUUGUUUGCCCUUGCUGCUUUCUUUGCCAUUGCUGCUGCUCGUCCCGGUUAUUUGGGUGGCUCUCACUUGACAUAUACCUCACCCUUGGCAACCACCAUUGUCCAACCAUCUUUAACCCAUGCUGGCCACUAUGUUCAACCCAUUGUUAGUCCUGUUGUGAAAACGGUUGCCACUCCUUUCGUUCACACCUAUGGUGCUGCUCCAUUGGUUUCAUCUGCCUAUGCUAGCUAUGGGGCUGCUCCCGUAUUGAAAACUUAUGGCGCAUAUGCUCCAACUUAUGUUGGUGCCUACAGCGGUAACUACGGUUGGUAA